UUCACCACAUUAUCUACCAGUCUCCUUGCAGAAUGUUGUGGUCACAGAAGCUGACGUGUCUGGUGGUGGUCUCCAUGCUGUUUGUCCACAUGUCCUCAUCACAGCACUGGUCAUAUGGCCUCCGCCCCGGUGGCAAGAGAGAGACUAACGACAACGUGAUGGACUCGACCCACCAUACUAGGUGUGCACCAGGUUGGAAGACGGCUGGUGCGGGCUGUCACCAAGUGUCGGAGCAACAGGAGGAAUAUCAGCACAGCCCUGGGCGGGAUGAUUGCCAGCAUGCUCCAUCCUCCACACGUAUCUGACACUGUCCGGCUUCAGCUCUCCAGGCCCAGAACGCAGACGCCUGUGUGUGUGUGUAUGUGUGUGUGUUUAACGUGUACAUGACCACAAUAAAACAUUGUUGGUAGCAGACACAAGCUGUGUUGGUUUCUAAAUCUGUUCCCACACAAUGUGACUCUGGGUACAAGGGCACAUUGCUUAGUUUAUUGUCACGUGUACAGAGGUACAGGCGCAGUGGGUAGAGUUGCCGCCUCACAGCGCCACAGACCCGGGUUCGAUCCCGACUACGGGUGCUGUCUGUGUGGAGUCUGUACGUUCUCCGAGAUCUUCGGUUUCCUCCCACUCCAAAGACGUGCAGGUUUGUAGGUUAAUUGGUUUGGUGUAAAUGUAAAUUAUCCCUUAGCAUAGUGUUAGUGUGCAGUGAUCGCUGGUCGAUGCGGGCUCAGUGGGCCGAAGGUCUGUAUCUCUAAACUAAACUACAGUGAAAGGCUUUUGGUGUCACAGUAGCGCAGCAGGUAGAGCUGCUGCCUCACAGCGCCUUCAUAACAAGAGGAUUUCAGUAUAGGAGUAGAGAGGUUCUUCUGCAGUUGUAUAGGGCUCUGGUGAGACCACAUCUGGAGUAUUAUGUACAAUUUGGGUCCCCUAAUUUGAGGAAGGACAUCCUUGUG